AUGUAUAUUCCAGCAGCGCUCUGUAUUUUGGUCAGCGUCUUGAUCAUCAGUGUAAGAGCUGUGUCCAAUGUACAAACUGUCUUUCGUGGCGGGCCUUUGAACUACUACAUAUCACCAAUAAGCACCAAUUUCUUUGCUGCCCGUGAUCAUUGUAUUGAACAUAAUGCUGACCUGGCAACCUUUGAGUCAAUCGCCGAUUUGGAGGCGGUAUCCAAUUAUUUGAUUCAACACGGCUUCAAUUCAGAAUUAAACGAUCUAUUUUGGGUGUCAUACUGGGACCUCGGAAGACCUCAAGGACUUUUCCAUUCCAUAGCCACGGGAAAGCUGAUGACCACAUCUGGCUGGAUUGAAGGUCAACCGGAUAAUUAUGGAGGUGUCGAGCACUGUGUUCACAUUGUAAAAAGGAAUGGAAAGUACGGAAUGAAUGAUUACAGCUGCAAUUUGAGUCUCAGAGCCUUAUGCCAGCAAAGAAAGUAG